UACUUUUAAUUGGAAUAGUUUGUAGAUUCGUUCGCGUGAUGGAUUUAUUAUUAAAUAACGAACUAUAGGACAAUAACAAACAUUAAGUUAAUCGUACGUCGAUAAAAAUGUUUGUGAAUAGUGGUUAUAAAUUACUUUUAUUAUUAUAUUUAGUGGAUAUCAGUUUAAGUUUAAAAAUAUUAGCGAUUACUCCUCAUAUGGGAAAAAGUCACCAGCUCGUCUUCGAGCCUCUUUUCAAACAAUUAGUUUCCAUCGGUCAUCAAGUUACCCUUAUUACCAGAUUCCCUAUGAGACUAGAAUACCCUAAUUGGAAAGAUAUUAAUAUUGCAGUUGAGGAUAAGAACGAAACAGAAAUUCUUACUUUUGAUAUAUUAACUGGAAGCCGAUUAGAUAGAUAUGCUUGUCCCAUAGUAUUGAUGGAUGCUGCCCGCAUAGCUUGUACAGAAGGUUUGUCUCAUCCAAAUUUGCAAACAUUUUUAAAGGAAGAUAGACAUUUCGACUUGAUUUUGAUUGAAAUAUUCAAUACAAAUUGUUUUAUGGGAGUUGCUAAGAAGUACAAUGCACCUAUUAUAGGUAUACAUUCUUCAAUAUGGAUGCCUUGGAUGUACCAAUCGUUCGGGGUACCUUUCAACCCAUCCUAUUUACCCUCACACUUUUUAGGACUUCCAAUACCAAUGAACUUCAUCCAAAGGUUGGAAAAUACAAUAAAUCAUCUUUACUCGAAUUUAUUAUACGAUUAUGAAAUGAUUAAGUCCAGUAACACCUUAUCUAAAAAAUAUGUGGGUGUCGAUUUAUACGAAAAUGGUGACGUCACUAAUGAUGUCAAUAUGUUAUUUAUUAAUACACAUUUCACUUUGAAUUUGCCAAUUCCGUUAACUCCAAAUGUUAUUGAAAUCGGUGGUAUCCAUAUAGAUUCGCAACCUAUUAAAAAAUUACCACAGGAAAUGGAGAAAUUCAUCAGUGAAGCAAAACAUGGAGUAAUUUACAUGAGUAUGGGUUCAACUAUUAGAGGAGAUACUUUCCCGAAAAGUAAACAGAUGAUAUUCUUAAACGUCUUUUCCCGAUUACCUCAAAGAGUUAUAUGGAAAUGGGAAAGCGAAAUGGAGAAUAAACCUGAUAAUGUUAUGACGACUAGAUGGGCUCCACAGAAAGAUAUUUUGUGUCAUCCUAAUGUUAAAGUCUUUAUCACGCACUCAGGUCUUUUGGGCACCAUAGAAAGCGUUUAUUGUGGUAAACCGAUGUUGUCAUUACCCCAUAUUGGCGAUCAAUUCACGAAUGCUAUGUCGACUGAGCAAGCUGGAGGAGGUUUAGUAUUCAUGGUUCAAGAAAUAAACGAAAAGAUUCUCGCCGAAGCUUUGAAGAAGUUACUCAGUUCAGAGUUUACGGAGAAAGCUCGAAGUUUGUCAAAGAGAUUCAAAGAUCGUCCGAUGUCUCCUAUGAAUACGGCCCUGUACUGGAUUAAUUAUAUAGUUGAAAAUAAAGGGGCGCCGUACAUGAAAUCAGCUGCUGUCAAUAUGCCUACUUAUCAAUAUUUGUUAUUAGAUGUCGUAGCUGUUUUGUUAAUUUUAUUGUUUAUGUCGUUUUAUAUAUUUUAUAGGUUUGUUAAAAUUACGUCGAAAUUGUGUUAUGGGAAACGGGACAAAAUAAAAAAAUCUUGUUGGAGUUUUUUAAUGUACCUAAGUUCACUUACAAUUUUUCAAAAUUGCGUUCAAUGUGCCAAAAUAUUAGGAGUAUUUCCCAUGUUUGGGAUGAGUCACCAUAAGUUAGCCGUGGCUCUAAUGCGGGGUUUGGCAGAAGCUGGAAAUGAAGUAACUAUAGUUUGCGCUUAUGAAGACGCCUACCACCCUACGAAUGGUUCUUACAGAAAUAUUGUUUUGCAGGGGCUUGCCGAAGCGUUCAAAGGUCCUUUCAACUUCGUUAAUCGUUUAGUAGGAAAUCCUACAAUGAUUUCCUAUACACCUCAAGUCAUAUCAACGUUUUCCAGGCCAAUGUCUUUUAAAAAUCGAUUGCACAACACUAUACUUUAUACAAUAGAAGAACUCAUGAAUCAUUUUUUAUUCAUUCCCCGACAAGACAAAUUGAUUAAAACGUAUUUUGAAGAUGCUCCAAGUGUUACAGAAUUGAAUUCAAAGGUGUCCUUAGUACUAGUAAACUCACACGAGACUUUAUGGCAACCGGUUCCUCUGGUACCUAACGUUAUACCUAUUGGAGGUUUUCAUAUAACCCCACCAAAGAGUUUACCAAAGGAUUUAGAAGCAUUUUUAGAUAGUGCUACUGAUGGUGCGAUUUUCUUCAGCUUAGGAUCUAAUUUAAAAAGUAUAGAUUUGCCUAAGAAAACUAUGGAUAUAUUUUUAAAAAGUUUCAAGAAUUUAAAGCAGAAAAUUUUAUGGAAGCUAGAGGGAGAAGUAGAAGGAUUGCCGUCUAAUGUGAAAACGGGUCGUUGGUUACCACAAAUGGACAUUUUGGCUCAUCCCAAUAUUCGUUUAUUCAUCUCACAUGGAGGUUUGUUGAGUAUGACAGAAGCCAUUUACCAUGGAGUACCUAUUCUUGUUAUACCAGUAUUUGGAGAUCAAGCUACCAAUGCUAACAACGCUGUUUACGGAGGUUUUGGAUUGUCUGUGAUCUACCACAGUUUCACCGAAGAAAAGUUCACUUAUGCAUUAGGAGAAUUAUUAACUAACUCCAAAUACAAAAAAAAUGCUCUUAAGCGAUCGAAAGCGUUCCACGAUCGUCCGAUUAAACCGAUCGAUUUAGCAGUAUACUGGGUGAAUUACGUUAUCGAACAUGACGGAGCACCACAUCUUAGAGUGGAUGGUUCCGAUAUGCCCUGGUAUAAAUACUUACUUAUUGAUGUUAUAUUAACAUUAACCAUUGCUUCUAUAUGUAUAGUUUUAGUUUCAUACCACGUUGGUAAAUUAUUAUUUAAUGCUUAUUACAAACAGGUUAAAGUUAAAAAGUGUUGA